AUGGAGAAACAAAUUUUCAAUGCUCUAAUAUUGCUUGUGGGGUUAUUCACCACAGAGCUUAGAGUAGUAUCCGCAAUUUGGCUGCAAGCUCAUGCAACUUUCUAUGGUGGAAGUGAUGCCUCAGGAACAAUGGGAGGAGCUUGUGGGUACGGAAAUCUCUACACAGAUGGUUAUGGAAUAAAAACAUCUGCAUUGAGUACUGCUUUGUUUAAUGAUGGCAAGUCAUGCGGUGGUUGCUAUCAGAUAGUUUGUGACGCAAAGCAAGUGCCUCAAUGGUGCCUCAAGGGUACUUCCAUCACAAUCACUGCUACAAAUUUCUGCCCCCCAAACUAUGCACUCCCUAGUGACAAUGGUGGUUGGUGUAAUCCUCCUAGACCUCACUUUGACAUGUCACAACCUGCUUUUGAGAUGAUCGCCAAAUACAAGGCUGGCAUUGUUCCGAUUUUGUACAGAAAAGUUGGGUGCAAAAGGAGUGGAGGUGUAAGAUUUACCAUCAAUGGGAAAGACUAUUUUGAACUAGUGCUUAUAAGCAACGUGGGUGGAAUGGGAGAGAUUUCACGAGUUUGGAUCAAAGGGUCUAAAGUGAGUAACUGGGAAACCAUGUCAAGGAAUUGGGGAGCUAACUGGCAAAGCUUAAGCUAUCUCAAUGGUCAGAGCUUGUCCUUCAGAGUUCAACUCAGCAAUGGAAGGACUCAAACAGCAUAUAAUGUGGCACCUUCCACUUGGACAUUUGGCCAGUCUUUCAUCAGCAAGGUUCAGUUCUGA